AGAUUUCUCAUGAAUGUAGUCUAUAAUGGUACCAACUUUGACGCGAUAGUUAUCCACCUGGUGGCUUAAUCGAAAUAACCUAUCUGCUGAUUGCAGUGAUGACUUGCUUUUAUAUUUAUACCUUGGAAGAGCCUUAUUCAAAGGAUGCCACAUCUGCUUGCUUGAACUAUUCUUCUCUUUCCAUUAAUGUCGACAAUCAUGUACGGGAAGAAGUAUUGGAUGAGGAAUCCUAUGAGUAUGAUAGAGCUCUAAUGGCUGACCGGACUUACUUCAACUUUAAGAAAUGGUUGGAUGCUUAUCCGGAACAAUGUUUAAGAUAUUCAAAUGGAGGGAAGCCACUGUUGGUGACAAAAGAGAUAGGAGAUCCAGGGAGAUGCAAACUCUGUGGUGGCCCAAGACAAUUUGAGAUGCAGCUUAUGCCGCCGUUGUUAUAUUCUCUGCAUGAAGCUGCUGAUGAUUCUCAGAAAGAUGCAUUGGAGAAUUGGAACUGGAUGACAGCAAUCAUAUAUACUUGUUCCAAGAGCUGUUAUGACUCACAAAAUGAAGAGUUCCGAAGUGGGGACUGGAUUGUUGCUGAGGAAGCUGUGUUAGUACAAUGUGAGAAAUCAUUGAAGCAAGCUGUACUUGAUUAUAUAUCUCAUUACACGGCCGUGCCAUCGCGUGGCCCCUUUUCUCAUGGAGUAAAUACUGGGUGUCCAGAUUAAAUGAAUUAAUUUUUGUAACAGUAUUGCAUUUAAAUACUGAUUGGGUAAGUUUUGGGUUCUCUGAUAUGGGGCCCUCGAUA